AUGGCUAGUCUCAAUGUUCUUACCUUUGAUGCUGAGGGUCGAGCUGUUGACUUUGAGGUCUGGCUAGAUGAUCUGCAGCUUUUCCUACAGUGCGAUAGCAAGGAUGGCCUCUCACUGUUCGAUCUCACGUCUGGCGCCUGUGCUGCCCCUGCUGCUGAUGCUGACAGUACUGUUCGCUCGCAGUGGCUCACGCGCGAUGCUGCUGCUCGCCUUGCUGUGCGUAAUCACAUGCUGUCUACUGAGCGCGCGCACUUUAGUCAGUACAAGAGUGCUAGGGCUCUGUACGACGCUGUAGUUGCACGCUACUCCUCCCCUACCACUGCUGUCCUCAGCCGCCUCAUGCUGCCGUACCUUUUUCCUGACCUUGCCGCCUUUGCCACAGUUGCUGACCUAGUUGCUCACCUCCGCACUAGUGACGCUCGCUACCGCGCUGCCCUUCCCACUGAGUUCCUUCCCACGAACUCCCCCCCCAUGUACAUCACCCUUUACUACCUAGUCACCCACCUCCCUGACUCUCUCUCCUCAGUCAGGGAUCACUUUCUCUCCCUUUGCCCCACCGAGCUGACUGUCGACUUGCUAGAGGAGCGCCUUGCUGCAGCUGAGAAGAGUAUCUUAGCUGUCGGUGCUUCUCGCGGCGACCGUCGCACCCCCUUCUUUGAGGGGUGUUCCCCUGUCCCCCUUCUCCCCUCUGUUGCCUCUGCUGCUGCUGUCGACCUCGUUGGCACUGAGGAGGUCGGCGCUGCGUCUGCCCCUAGUGGGCGACGCCGCACUGGCAAGGGCAAGGGAAGCAGGGGUGGUGGAGGGGGCGGUGGAGGCAGCGGUGGGGGAGGUGGAGGAGGUGGAGGUGGUGGUGGGGGUGGUUCCGGGAGUGGGGGCGUCGGUGGCGGCAGUGGAGGCCGUGGCGGCGAUGGCGGAGGAGGUGGCGGCGGCGGCAGCGGUGGUGGAGGUAGCGGAGGAGGUGGUGCUGGUCGCGGUGCAGCCACGCAGCGUGGAGGCCUUGGUGGCAGCCAGCGUCAGCAGCUGCUGCGCACACGUGAGACCCCGUCUGUUCAGCAGCUUCGUGAGUGGUACGGUGGGCGUGGGAGGUCUGGGGGUGCAGGUCCCUGCACGUACGUUCUUCGCACCGGCACUCGUAGUGGGGAGGUGUGUGGUCUCCCACACACCACGCAGCGCUGCUUCGGCCGCUUGACUAACGCUUGGCGUACCCAGUUUCCUGACGCUGUUGAGCUUCCUCGUUGGCAUGAUCUGCUUCUGCAGAAUGUGCCUAUCUUUGAUCUAGACUUUGAUGCUAUCCUUGCUGCCAUGUAUGCUCUUGCUGAUAUUACUGAGGGUAGCUGUUACCUGCGUGUCCCGCCCGACCCGGGCACUGUGGCUGCUGCUCUAGUUGCUAGUGCGGCUGCUGCUCUAGGUGCUAGUGCGUCUGCUGCUCCAGGUGCUGGUACGUCUCCUCUCUCUGGUACUGCACCUACUGAGUCCUUUCACACUUUCACACUUGACUCUGGUGCUUCGCGCUCUUUCUUCAGAGACAGCACCACGCUCACGCCGCUCAGUUGGCCUGUUGCGGUCUCCCUUGCUGACCCCUCAGGGGGCCCAGUACUUGCACACUCCUCCACUGUCCUACCGUGUCCUGCGGCCCCGUCGGGCUUGCUGUCGGGACUCCACCUCCCCUCGUUCUCUACGAACCUGGUGAGUGGAGCUGACCUCCAGGACGCGUGGGUUGACCAGUUCACCCCUGGAGGUCAGCGUGUGACCCACUGCACUUGCUCUAGGACGGGCCGCCACCUGGCCACGUUCACCCGUCGGCCAGGGUCGAGUCUGUACACACUGACUACUGCGCCUCCUCCGGUCUCUGCGUCUGGUCAGGUAGCUGCGUCCAGUCAGGUGUUUGCUGCCGCGUCCAGGUCUAGUCCUGCGUCUGCCCCCUGCUCAUGUCGUCCUUUGGCACACGAGACUCUCCUUUGGCACCACCGCCUUGGUCACCCCUCCCUGCCUCGUCUUCGAGGUAUGGCCUCCCGUGCCCUUGUCUCGGGUCUACCCAGGUCCCUCCCUCCCCUUCCUCCGGGGCCUGCCCCCACCUGUGUUCCUUGUGUCGAGGGCCGACAGCGCGCCGCCCCUCACUCCUCCUCGUUUCCUCCGACUGAGGCUCCUCUGCAGACUCUUCACAUGGACGUGUGGGGCCCAGCCCGCGUCCGUGGACAGGGUCACGAGCGCUACUUCCUCCUGGUCGUUGACGACUACUCGCGUUACACCACAGUCUUCCCCUUGCGCAGCAAGGGUGAGGUCACUGAGGUGUUGAUCGACUGGAUCCGCGGUUCUCGUCGCCAGCUCAGUGAGAGUUUUGGCUCAGACCUUCCUGUUCUGCGUCUGCACUCGGACAGAGGCGGGGAGUUUUCCUCCGACCUCCUGAGAGCCUUCUGUCGUUCGGAGGGCAUCCGCCAGACGUUCACGCUUCCGGCCUCCCCGCAGCAAAAUGGGAUUGCUGAGCGCCGCAUUGGCAUGGUCAUGGACGUCGCUCGUACGUCCAUGAUCCAUGCGGCUGCUCCCCAUUUUCUGUGGCCGUUCGCGGUUCAGUACGCUGCGCAUCAGAUCAACCUUCAGCCUCGUGUCUCCUUGCCGGAGACCACACCUACUCUGCGGUGGACGGGGAAGGUUGGCGAUGCGUCCGCGUUCCGUGUCUGGGGAUCUCGAGCUUUUGUCCGCGAUACUACAGCGGACAAGCUGUCCUCCCGUGCCGUUCCCUGUGUCUUCCUUGGCUUCCCUCCUGACGCACCCGGGUGGCAGUUCUACCACCCCACCUCGCGUCGUGUUCUGUCCUCUCAGGACGUCACGUUCGACGAGUCGGUGUCGUACUACCGUCUCUUUCCCUACCGCACUGCCUCUCCCCCCCCCCCCCGCCGCUCUUCCUGGCACCAGGUAGACCCUGCCGAGCCGGUCGAGGUAGCUGUCGACUCCGGUGCUGCUAGGGGUACUGACCCUGCGGGUGCUGAGACGGGGGGUGCUGAGUCUAAGGGUGCUGAGACUGGGGGUGCUGAGUCUGGGGGUGCUGAGACUGAGCGUGCUGAGCCUGGGGCGGCUUCGUGA